AGAUACAACAACAACAGUCGAGAGUACGGGACGUAUUUUUACAUACGCAUUUCACUUGUUGUUUUUUUCACGGACGACAUCGAUCCACGAGCAGACGUUCUCCAGAGCGGCGGUAUUUACACCAGGAAUAUUGGUUAGCAUUUGAGUUGUCGUCAUCAUCAACAACACACACAGACUAGACACAUGGCAAAUGCUUCAAUACAGUAAAUUCACUGUCGGUGUCAUUUUGUCACAGCUGUAGUUUGGCGAAGCCCACAAUUUACUGGAGUAACUUUAUCCUGUUGUUGUUGCUGCACCUCUUGGAUCCUUUACCUGCAACUGUCACUGUUUCUGCUGCCAACACUCGCUGCUGAGAUGCCCCUCACCUUAUUUCACCGAGAGAAACGUGGAAGGGAAAGCAGACCACGUUUGGAAGAUAAAUAUGAAGUCAAAGAGGUGAUAGGAACGGGUGCAUUCUCAGAGGUGAAGAUUGCUGAGGACCGGAUUACCAGGGAAUGUGUUGCCAUAAAAUGCAUUGACAGAAGAGCAUUGAAAGGCAAGGAGGACACCCUGGAGAAUGAAGUCUUGGUCUUGAAGAAGAUCAAGCAUUCAAACAUUGUGCGGCUGUUUGAGAUAUUUGAAAACAAAACACACGUCUAUCUCGUCAUUGAACUAGUCACAGGAGGGGAGCUGUUUGAUAGAAUCGUUGCUAAAGGUAGCUACACAGAGAAAGAUGCUAGUAAUAUCAUGAGGCAAGUCUUAGAAGCAACUGAUUACAUCCAUCAGCAAGGUGUCGUCCAUCGAGAUCUAAAGCCUGAGAAUCUGCUUUUCUACAACCCCCACGAAGACUCCAAAAUCAUGAUUAGCGACUUCGGCCUGUCCAAGAUGGAGGGCACUGGCGACAUGGACACUGCGUGUGGGACGCCGGGCUACGUUGCACCUGAGGUCCUGAAACAGAAGCCCUAUGGCAAAGCAGUAGACGUCUGGUCAAUCGGCGUAAUCACAUACAUCUUAUUAUGCGGGUAUCCACCAUUCUACGAUGAGAGCGACUCAGUACUAUUUCAGCAGAUCAUGAGCGGUCACUAUGAGUUUGACUCGCCCUACUGGGAUGAAAUCUCAGACUCAGCUAAAGACUUCAUCAGUCAUCUAAUGAAGGUGGACCACAAAGAGAGAUAUACAUGUCAACAGGCAAUAGCACAUCCAUGGAUUUCUGGAAACACUGCCCUGGAUAAGAACAUCCAUGAUUCUGUCAGUGAACAAAUCAAGAAAAACUUUGUCGCCAAAUCAAAAUGGAAGCAAGCCUUCAAUGCAACGGCGGUGGUGAGACAUAUGCGCAAACUCAAACUCGGGGAACUAGCAGCGUCCAGCAACAAUGGCGGACAGCAACCUGAUGCAAGCAGUGACAAGAGCAGACAAGAGAGCAAAGGCGCCUCUGAGGCAUCAAGCUGA